UGUUGCUUCCUAGGUGACGGCCAGCCUUGCUAGCCAACGAAGUCGGGGUCGUCCAGGGCUACGGUCUGAGCCGUUUGUUCGUGGUCUAGCUCUAAGUCCUUCCUGGGGCUGCCUAGGGCUAGAGGAUCUCCAAGCACCACAGCAUCCCCCCUCUCCAUGACCAUGGCUUCAGGCUCAGGCCCAGGCCCAGGCCGGGACAGCUCCUUGCUGGCUGCAGAGCUGAGGGAGGAGGCCCGGGCAGAGGCUGAGGAGGAGAACAGGGGCCUGUGUGAGAAGAUGCUGCUGCAGGCCAUGCAGAAGAUCCUGAAUGCCAAGUCACCCAUGCCUGACUCCCAGCAGAUCCAGCCCAAGCCUGGUUUCUGUGUCAAGACUCGCUCCCCAGAAGGAAAGGUUUUCAUCAAUGUCUGUCAAUCAGACUCCAUCCCAGCCCCAGCUGAUCUCAGUGAGCAGGAGCUGCUGUGCGUGCUCGAGGGAGACCAGGCUGCCUUCCGAAUCCCCAUGAGCCUAGGAGAGCCCCAUGCAGAACUGGACCGAGGAGGGAACGGCUGCACGGCCUAUGACGUCGCCAUCAACAGUGACUUCUAUAAGAAGCUGCGGAGUAAUGACUUCUUCUUGGAGUUUUUUGUCAUGGUGGCAAUGGAGGGCUUAGAGGACAAAUAUGGGACUCAGCUCAACAGAGAGUGGCGCCUGCUAAAGUACCGGCCCUUCCUGGGUUCCAUCUCCCAGCAGAACAUCCGAACCCAGAGCCAGUCACGCCCCCCGACUAUCCAGGAACUUGGAGAUGGCACUGAAGAUCUCCCUCUGAGGCUCUGGCUAGAGGCCCCAGACCUGCUCCUGGCUGAGGUGGUCCUGCCCAAGGUGACCUCUGCCCGGGAGCUCUCACUUCAGCUGGGGGGGGAUCGACUGAUUUUGGGGGCACCAGGAGCUCCCUAUCACAUGGACAUCUUUGUCCCCCAUGACAUUGACCAGGAACAGUGCCGAGCUGCCUUCAACCAGAAGAGCAAGACCCUGAUGAUCUCCAUGCCCCUGCAGACAGCCUGCUCCUAAGUGGCAGGACCUGGACUCCAUGGAUGAUUCUUGGGCAUCGCAUCGCCUGCCUGCUUCUCCUUCCCUUGACUGUAAAAUAAACUAUUUUUAUCUG